CUCCCCCCGGCGUCGUUGGAGCAGCUCAGCCGCCUGCAAUCCAACAUGGAGUAGUGAGAGAUGGGGCUCUAGCGGGGCCACCCCUCGGCAACAGCAGCGAAGACGCGCUUCUUUUUUUUUUACGCACAACUGGAAGCGGAGUCGUCGGUGAAAACAUGCGCCUUAGGACUUAAAAAACGGAGCGUGUGUGAGAGGGAGUGAGCCAGCGAGUUUGCGCGCGUGUGUGUGUGUGUGCGUGUGUGUGUGUGUGUGUGUGUGUUUGGGGAAGGUGGGGGGGUUAGAGAGAAUCAAGAGCUGGAUUCGGCAACCGAAAUUGCCAGUGCAGCCUGCGUUUAUCCACUGAUUGGGUAUUAAAGUUCCAGACGGAGAAGAGGAGGUCCUUUAUUUUUUUUUUCUUCUUCUCUUGCGAUCCAGAAGAAAACAGCGUGGCUUCAGUGGAGGAAAGAAAGAGAGGGAGAAUUUCAGGAAAAAAGGGACUGUCGAGGGCAAAGCCUGAGAGCCGACACUCGCACAAAGGCGCAGGGGGGAUUUAUGCGGAAUUGGACACAGGAUCGGAGGUGAAAGAAUGACGAGUGAAAAGUAUGCAACCGCCGUGGUACAUUACCUGAGGUGAAACGAAAAAAUGAUAGAGGAAACACAUCCAAACGAUGACAGCUACAUCGUGCGUGUGAAAGCGGUGGUGAUGACGCGGGACGACUCAAGCGGCGGCUGGCUGGCUCAGGAUGGGGGGGCCCUCACCCGGGUGGGCGUCUGUCGCCUCCUUCCUACGGAGGUGACGCAUCUCUCCGGCUCCAGCAGUUCCCAGUUCGUCAUCCGGGGGGAACGGCUGCGUGACAAACAGGUGAUCCUGGACUGUCCACUGAGGAAGGACAUAGUGUACACCAUCGCAAUGCCGACAUUUCACCACUGGAAGGUGGAGGACAGGCGGUGCGGUCUGUCGUUCCAGUGUCCAGCUGAUGCCAGAGCCUUCGACAGAGGGGUGCACAAAGCAAUUGAAGACCUGGCGGAAGGCUCCACGACUUCCUCUACGGCACUCCAGAACGAGGGAGAACUGGGGGAUGACGAUGUUUUCACUAACGCCACAGACAGCUCAUCCAACUCCUCUCAGAAAUUGGACAGCUCCCUGCCGCCGCUCGAGUCCUCGCCCCUUCCUCAGAGACAUAAGUGCACGCCAGGACAUCGACAUGACCUGCAUGACGCCUACCGCCUCACAGACCACUACUACUUGGACCAGCCAUUUUCUCGGAUUUCUCGACACGUCACCUUCGAUGAUGAGGAAAUUGUCCGAAUCAACCCCCGGGAGCGCAGCUGGGAGCGAAGCACAGAACGCUACCUUGGACGCCAGGCGGAUCGCUCCUGGAACACGGGCUAUGAGGACUACCGACAUGCCAUUGUGCGUGAUCGAUACAUCCACCCGGAUGAGACAGAGUCCUAUGUACACUUCGACAAAACAGAGGCGCAAAAGCACGACUAUACCUACCCGCUGGCACCUUCCUUGUCGCCCUCAGACUCUGACCCCGCCCUAGGAUCCUUGGCCUCUAAGGGUCACAGCGGCUCCUACCACCAGCCCUUCUCUUCGGUUGUCUCCAGCCAGCCUCGGUCAUUUUUCACGAGCUCUUCCUCGUCCUCCAAUGGUAGGAAGGGGCGGAAGGACAAAGGGUUGGAGCGUGCUCAGUGCGAGCACUGCGGCGAGGCCUUCUACCUCUCCGAAAAUCGGAGAGGACGGUGCCAGGACGCCCCAGAUCCCCUGCGAGUGUGCAUCCGACGGGUCAGCUGCAUGUGGCUGGCAGACACCAUGCUCUACCACUGCAUGUCUGACCCAGAGGGGGAGUACUCGGACCCUUGCUCCUGCGACGGAGGCGAGGGUAGCGGCGGGGGCCGAUUUGGCACCCGUUGGUUGGCUUUGCUAGGCUUGUCCGCAGUGGCACCGUGCCUCUGCCUCUACCCACCCCUCCAUGCCUGCCACCGGGUGGGGCUUGCAUGCGGCUGCUGCGGAGGCCGACACAAGGCCCAGAGCUGAGAUGUCGUACUUGGAAUCCUCUCAGAGGAAACAUCGGAAAAAAGAAAAAAAAACUUAACCCAACGCAAGCACAGGGAAAAGGAGGGAUGGGGAAAAAGUUCACAGAGGAGGAACACGUGGUCGUGGCUGUUCGCUCUCUUGCCUUGGUUUUUCUGGGUUUCUCUACAAAUUCCAGACACUGAAAUAAGCCAAAUAAGAAAAAAUAAACUGUUGGUGCAUUUUGUGAACAGCCUGGGAAGAUAAGCUCCCCCUUAUGGCAGACAGUUCUUUCAGCUCUCCAUGUGGCCAUUUCAUGCUCUGUUUCUAAAGAGAGCAGUCUUUUCCAGGGGGCCUUUUUUAUAGCCAACCUAUACGUCAUGUAUCACAUAUGCAGGUACUUUAUAUUGUUAUAUUUGUACAUUGACUUGGCCUCAAAGAACUUGAAUUCUUUGUUGUAUUUUUUUUCUUUCCUUUAAUGUCUCUGUGGCCAUAUUGUUUAUUUUCUAUUCAAACAUCAGGCCCACUCAGUUCAACAGAAAUCAGACACUACACCUCUUUGGGAAUGUGUGUGUGUGUGUGUGUGUGUGUGUGUGUGUGUGUGUGUGUGUGUGUGUGUGUGUGUGAGUGUGUGUGU